GCGGCCCCGCUCCUUCUUCCCAUCGGCCUCGGCUUGCGGGCCUUUCAAACAUGGAGGAGCGGGAGCGGGGGGCGAGGUCGGCUCGCGCCGGGAGCCCCGGGGGCCCGCCCAGCCCGCGGCUGGACGUCAGCUCGGACAGCUUCGAUCCGCUGCUGGCCUUGUACGCGCCCCGAGUGCCUCCCAUCCCUUACCCCAACGCCCCCUGCUUCAACAACCUGGCGGCGUACGAGAGCUUCCUGAGGACCGGGAGCCGGGGCGGCGGGCGCGGGAGGGCGCGGGGCGUCCCCGCAGGCUCGGGGGGCUCCGCCGCCGCCCCGGGGCCCUCGGGCAGGUCCCGCCGCCGCCCCGACGCGCCCGCCCCGGACCCCGAGCGCAUCCAGCGCCUCCGGCGCCUCAUGGUGACCAAGGAGGAAGAGGAUGGGGCCGGCGGGGCGCCCCGGCGGGGUCCCGGACGGAACAAGAAGGCGCCGCGGAACGUGCUCACGCGAAUGCCCCUGCACGAAGGCAGCCCUCUGGGCGAACUCCAUCGCUGUAUCCGGGAGGGCGUGAAGGUCAAUGUCCACAUCCGCACUUUCAAGGGACUGCGAGGAGUCUGCACAGGCUUCCUGGUUGCAUUCGACAAGUUCUGGAAUAUGGCACUUACUGAUGUGGAUGAGACAUACCGCAAACCUGUUCUGGGCAAAGCAUACGAACGGGAUUCAUCGCUGACUCUUACCAGGCUGUUCGAUCGGCUGAAACUUCAAGAUUCCUCCAAGAAGGAAGCUGACUCUAAGUCUGCAGUUGAAGACUCGACUCUGUCCAGAUAUUCCCAGACGUCUACUUGGAAGGUGGCCUCCGUGUGGGGCAGAGAAGACACUGACCGGAGCUCACACAAGCGUUCCCGCUCGGUCCCUUCUUCCCUGCAGGCCUCUGCCAGGGAUGAGUCCAGGUCAGAGGUGUCAGGGAGAACUAUGCCGACAGAAGGGUCCAGCAUGGCAGGGACCUUCUCCAGGGCCACCACGCUUUCCAGGGGCCAGUCCCGUAAGAAAAAGCGAAAGCCCAAAGUGGAUUACCAGCAGGUGUUUACUCGUCACAUAAACCAGAUUUUUAUUCGAGGCGAGAAUGUUCUGCUGGUUCAUCUGGCCCAGUGACCUGCUCAGCCUCACUUGAGCCUUGGCGUUUAGAAAUAAAGUGCAUGACUUGCUGCUCUGCUGUGUCUGUAGCCCAGUGAACCCCGGAGUUGGAAUGACUCCCUCUGGUCCUGCCUUUGCAGAGAACAGAGCAGGCUCGGCCCUCUGGAAGAUGAACUCAAGGGGAGGACAGGUAUGGCAGGAUGGAUGGGUGUCUGUACAAGAUCAAGGCCCUAUGUGGGUACGUGAAUCUAACUUGGAGUCACGGUCUGCUUCAGACUCAAGGCAAGUGCGAGAAUGUCCCUCUGAUUUAGGAGUGAAUUCACUCCCCCGGGACAGUGUGAAAAAAUUAAUAUGAAAUGAUUUCUGUUGUAAGAGCUCUAAGUCCUCACAAAUUGGAAUCUAGGUAGCAGUGAAAUGUGCUCACAGCCCUACACUCAGAUCUUGUCUCUUGCCUUUGAGUGCUGUGCUAUGCAAUUUUCUUGAUUAACAACUGAAAUUUCUGAAGUUUGAAUACAAGAUCAGGGAAAGUAACCCACAUAGGUUGGGGUGACGUUUGGAGAGGUGGU